AAAGGAAAAAUGAAUUGGAUUGUGUUCAUAAUUGUAUCCAUUUUCAUUUCCUUUCUUGUAAAGUUGGUUCUUUUCCCUUUGAGGAGUGGCCCUUACAAGCUCCCACCAGGGCCAACCGCCUUCCCCAUACUCACAAACUUCAUAUGGCUACGCCAGUCGCCUCUUGCAAUUGAAUCUGUGCUGCGCAGUUUCGUGGCCAAAUAUGGCCCCAUCAUCACCAUCCAUGUCGGACCGUCCCCGGCCAUCAUCAUCGCCGAUCGCUCCAUCGUCCACAAAGCCCUCGUCCAAAAUGGCGCCAUCUUCGCCGACCGCCCUCGAGCUCUCUCCAUCAAUCGGAUCACGGCCUCGGGCAACCUCGACAACAUCACCUCCGCCCCUUAUAGCCCUACUUGGCGUCUCCUCCGCCGUAAUCUUGCAGGGGUAAUGCUUCACCCUUCGCGGGUCAGGGCUUAUUCCCGAGUCCGUAAAAGGGUGUUGGACAUCCUCGUCACUCGUCUUGAAACUCGACAGGAAUCGGACACCUUAGUUGUUCAACAUUUUCAAUUUGCUACGUUUUGUUUGUUGGCUUUGAUGUGCUUUGGAGAUGAGCUGAAUGAGACACAAAUCUUGGAAAUUCAUCAAGUUCAACGUGAGAUUGUUGUCAAUUUGCAACGCUUUCUUAUACUCAAUUUGUGGCCUAAAUUGAUGAAGAUUUUGCUUCGUAAGCGUUGGAAGGAAUAUUUACAACUCAAGAACAAACAGCAUGAGGUUCUCAUCCCGGUAAUCAAGGCACGAGAGAAGGUCAAACAUGAAAUAACAAAAGAAGGAGAAGAAAAAGAAGAGAAUUUGGUAUCAUAUGUUGAUACAUUGAUUGAUUUGCAGCUCAUCGACCAAAAAAGAAAGCUUAAUAAUGAAGAAAUAGUAAAUUUAUGCUCGGAGUUUCUAAAUGCUGGGACCGACACGACAACGACGACAUUGCAAUGGAUCAUGGCGAAUUUAGUGAAAAACCCACAAAUCCAACAGAAACUUUUCGAAGAGAUCGAUGGAAUUAUGAAAUCUAGUACGACACGACAUGAAUUACGAGAGGAAGAGGUAAAGGAAGAAGAUUUAGGGAAGCUUCCAUAUUUGAAAGCUGUGAUUCUAGAAGGGUUACGACGACACCCGCCGGGGCAUUUCAUCUUGCCCCAUGCAGUGAAAGAAGACACGACGUUGGAGAACUACUUCAUACCGAAAAACGGGACGGUGAAUAUCAUGUCGGGAGAUAUGGGAUGGGAUCCGGAAGUAUGGGAGGAUCCGAUGACGUUUAAGCCAGAGAGGUUCGUGAGCGGCGACGGAGAGGCGUUGUCGACGAUGUUCGAUAUAACCGGGAGCAAGGAGAUUAAAAUGAUGCCGUUCGGGGUCGGGAGGAGGAUAUGUCCGGGGUAUGGUUUGGCAAUGCUUCAUUUGGAAUAUUUUGUAGCAAAUUUGGUAUGGAGAUUUGAGUGGAAAGCUGUGGAAGGAGAUGAAGUUGAUUUAUCAGAGAAGAUGGAAUUCACCAUUUGGAUGAAGAACCCUCUCAAAGCACAAUUACGUCCAAGGUUUUAGGACAAUAUUAUAUAGUUAAUUACUAUUUUGUUCACUUUGUUACUAUGUUGUUCAAGGGUAUUAUAGUCUUUUCCUACUCAUCGGGAAAAGUGAUUUAUGUUCGUAAGAGAUCAAAAUUGCAAUGAAAUGAAGUCGAUUUUAUAUUUUUCGGG